AUGUGUAAUAAAGGAAUUGCGUGCUUGAGCGAGUCUGAGAACCCAAUUGAUCAGCAACACCCUAAUCAAGCUGUGUACUUGAUGGAUAGCCCUUCCGCUACCCCUCACUUUGGUUCUAAUUCCACCGCUGUUUCGAGCCCUAAUUGGAAUGAGGAGAGCCCACGUGUUAAAUUUCUAUGUAGCUUUUCGGGUAGUAUAUUGCCUCGCCCACAAGAUGGGAAGCUCCGGUAUGUGGGUGGAGAGACACGAAUUGUGAGUGUUCCACGAGAUAUUCAGUAUGAGGAGUUGAUGAACAAGAUGAGGGACCUUUAUGAAGGGGCAGCAGUGCUCAAGUACCAGCAACCUGAUGAAGAUCUUGACGCACUUGUAUCGGUUGUGAACGAUGAUGAUGUGACUAAUAUGAUGGAAGAGUAUGAUAAGCUGGGCUCUGGUGAUGGUUUCACUAGGCUCAGGAUUUUUCUGUUUUCGCAUCCGGACCAAGAUGGGUCUUCACACUAUGAGGGAGAUGAAAGGGAUAAUGAGAGGAGGUAUGUCGAUGCUCUCAAUAAUUUAAAUGAUGGUUCCGACUUUAGGAAGCAGCAUCCUGAGUCCCCUUUUAUUAAUCCAGUUGAUGAUAUCCAUAUAGCUGAACAGUUUUUUAGCCCAAUAAGUCUCGAGGGUGGCCUUCAGAGAAGUUGUGAUAUGUCCGCACCUCAAUAUAACUUGCAUCACCUCAAGAUACCUCAUAUAGGAUCAGGGCAACACCAUCAACCGAUUACUCAGAGGUAUAACGAAAUGGAAGCUCCUUGGAGUCCUGCAUACUAUUCUCCUAGGCAUCAUGGGCAUCUUGAUCCAAGACCAAUGCCAGAAUUUCCAUCUUCUCCUUCCUCUGCACGGUACCGUAUUCCAUAUCCAGAUUUACCUGAAAAAUGUUUAGAUAGAAUGCCUGAAGAAUAUGCACGACAGCCAUUGAAUCAUCAGCCUGCAUAUGAACACCAAACACAAUAUACUGAGAAUGUUGUGUGGCUUCCAAGUGGAGCUAUAUCUGGUGAAAAGUCUGGCUUUCCUGGUAACAUCUUUCAUGGAACCAAUGUUCUCGAAGGAAACAGUAUUUGUGAGCAUUGCCGGAUGAAUUUCCAGAGAAACCAACCACAUUUUGAGCAAUCCAACAUGGUGAAUGGAAUUCACCAGGUUGCGAACCCAAGCAAUGAGUGUCCUCCACAUAGAGAAAGUUUCAUAAUGAAUUCAGAUGCAAAGUUGCACCAUGAGAUACACGCAAGUGAACAGAAUAAUGGUCCUCCAUCUCUUUAUAAUGAGACUCCAAAUCAUGAAAGAGGAUGGAUUCCACAUCAUCAUUUGAAUUGUCGGACUGAGGAAGCAAGACCACAUGUCUGUGGAGCUGGGAAAUUGAAUGAUCACUACAUUGUAGAUGGUCCCAGCAUGAAUUUGCCUCUUAGUCCUGGUAAUAUGGUUGAUGGCCAUCAUGUCUCUUCAAAUUAUGUUCAUCAGCGAGUUGGACCUGAAAUUGGAAAUGAAGUGUUUCAUGACCGACCUGUGCCUGCUCCACCCCAUGUACACGUUGCUCCUCCAGAAGAGCGUGGGGUUCGUUAUGGGAAUCCUCCUUAUGCCUAUGGAGGAGAUAGUCCUUACCCGGUGUCUCAUGGACAUGUACCUGGACCUGCAGUAUGGAGAAAUGUUCAGAGCCCAAUGCAUGCCGCGCCCUCUUACGAAGCGUCCAAUUCUGCUCCACAAGUGAAUGGUACUGUUAACCCAGGAUUUCUCAGGCAUGAGGAUAGUCCAAGGUUUGGCCUUACAGUAGACAAUCAAAAUAUUUGGGCUGACUCCUCGCAGCAAAUGUUAGGUUUCGAUGGAAAAGUUGUUCCGGACUAUUCGUAUGGCCACACUUUGAAGUUUAAUCCAAACACACUUGGUCAGGAAAAUCAUCCUCCAUUUCCUUCAGACCCUACUCAACCCACACCUGAUAUGCUAAAUUGUGCUAUUCCUUUAGACCCCGUUACUGGAGUUGUGAGGUUGGAGGGAGAAAGUUUGCCUGGAGAAGAAAAGGAGGUAAAUCUUGUGGAGAAGCUAGAGAACUCUGACAUGCAGGGUAUAAGUCAGAACAAAUUUUCCGAUAAAAAUUAUGAAAUGGUAUCUCCUGAGUUGAUAAAUUCAAAUUUCCCUAAGCUUACUGAAGUAAGUGGUGAUGUUGUCAAAACUAGUGACAAUGAUCAUUCUACUCCUGAAGUUCCAAAGCUUUCUGUUAGCCAUUUGAGUUUCAUACCUGAGUUGAUGGCUUCUGUAAAAAGAGCUGCAUUAGAGGAGGCUAAGGAGGUGAAAGCCAAUGUUAAAGAAAGUGGAGAUCCUGAGAAGGAUAGUUCAAUAGCCGAAGAAGCAGCUGCAAACAAUUUGGAGCGAGUGAACACUCCUGGAGAUGGGGAAUUGGAUUCUGAUAACGAUUAUCUGAACAAUUCCAAAAUUGAGCCAACGAAGGCUGAGGCAGAAGCUAUUUCCAAGGGAUUGCAGACAAUAAAGAAUGAUGAUCUAGAGGAGAUUCGAGAAUUGGGUUCUGGAACUUAUGGGGCUGUUUUUCAUGGGAAGUGGAAGGGGUCUGACGUAGCGAUAAAGAGAAUAAAAUCCAGCUGUUUUGCUGGGAGACCAUCAGAAAGAGAACGCUUGAUUGCAGAUUUCUGGAAGGAGGCUUUGAUACUUGGUUCAUUGCAUCACCCAAAUGUUGUUUCUUUCUAUGGUAUUGUGCGUGACGGUCCUGAUGGGUCAUUAGCAACAGUGACUGAAUUCAUGGUUAAUGGAUCUUUGAAACAGUUUUUGCAGAAAAAAGACAGAACAAUUGAUCGUCGUAAAAGAUUGAUCAUUGCUAUGGAUGCUGCAUUUGGAAUGGAGUAUCUGCACGGGAGAAAUAUAGUACAUUUUGACUUAAAGUGUGAAAAUCUUUUAGUAAAUAUGAGAGAUCCACAGCGGCCUGUAUGUAAGAUUGGCGAUUUGGGAUUAUCGAAAGUAAAACAACACACUUUAGUGUCUGGAGGUGUUCGUGGAACUUUGCCUUGGAUGGCACCUGAACUUCUUAGUGGGAAAAGUAACAUGGUAACAGAAAAGAUUGAUGUUUACUCAUUUGGAAUUGUUAUGUGGGAACUGCUUACGGGGGAUGAGCCAUAUACGGAUAUGCAUUGUGCUUCUAUAAUUGGAGGAAUUGUGAACAACACAUUGCGUCCUCAAAUUCCCACUUGGUGUGAUCCUGAAUGGAAAUCUUUGAUGGAAAGUUGUUGGGCCUCUGAGCCUUCUCAGAGGCCAUCAUUUUCUGAAAUCUCUCAGAAGCUAAGGAAUAUGGCUGCUGCAAUGAAUGACUUAGCCAAAGAGGAAAAUAAAUUGAAGCAUAGAUUUUGCAGUGUAAGGCCACCGCUGGUACCCUUUGUAUACUGCUGUGAAAUGGUAAUGCUCUUUGAGAAGUGCCGGAUAAUGCACUUUAGAGUGGCUUUUGCCUGGAAGGGGCUUCAUCAUACACCAACCGGAGCCAUGAUGGCACGACCAGAAUGUUUUAGUAAUUUGGUUGAGAUCACAACGGUACUGAGAUCGAAGCUGAACCAAGGUCUCGUUUGA